GUUCGUUUGAAAUGUAAAUCUGGUCAGAAAAAGAAAGCUGCCGCGGAUGGGAAGGCAUGCUGUCAGCCCACAACUUUGCAUCCUGUUUAUUCAGUUUAUUAUUGGAAUAACAAGUGGAAUGGGACUGCUACUAUCAAGGGACCCUUGAACUGAAAUUUUGAACAAAUGCUUUCCGGACUGGAGAUUACAGGCUUUUUCUAAGAAUGGCUUUCAAGGGUGUUCUUAAAGACGAAGACAUCACUGCAGCCCUGCAGGCGUGUCAAGCCGCUGACUCCUUCAACUACAAGGCUUUCUUUGCCAAGGUUGGUCUGACCGGCAAGUCUUCUGAUGACAUUAAGAAAGCCUUUGCAAUCCUGGAUCAGGACAUGAGCGGUUUCAUUGAGGAGGAUGAAUUGAAACUGUUUCUGCAGAACUUCUCUGCAGGCGCCAGAGCUCUGACUGACGCCGAGACCAAAGCCUUCCUUGCCGCUGGUGACUCCGACGGUGACGGCAAAAUCGGAAUUGAUGAGUUCGCUGCCCUUGUUAAGGCAUAAACAGACCAAGCCCGACCCUCUUGUUUUGAAGGAACCAGUAACAACGUUGUCGAAGACACGCCUCUCUCAUCCAGAUUAUACAGACUUUUUAUACAUUUGCUUUGUGAAAUACCUGCACACUGUUUCUCCCUUUGCAGCAACACUGUCCCAUAUAAUAAUAAUCAUUGUAAAUGUAGCUCGGUUGUGUUUUAUGUCUUGAAUAUGAGUAGUGCUGAUGUUACAUCUUCGAUGUACUUUCAGAAAGGGUGAAUUAACAAAAGACUAAAUCUUCUUUUGGAACGCA